AUGGGUGGGCCGGGAGCCGGUAGGGUUAGCAGGCACGAGCUGAACGCGGUGCCAAAGAGCGACGUCGGUCACGGGGAUCGUAGCCUCGUAAUCGGCGAGCCAACAGCACCACCACCACCAGCAACACCGGCCUGUCGGUGUCAUUCGAACACGGACAAUAACGCGAUAUCACAGCUGCUGCCGCCUUCGCCUCCGCCACUCGCCUCGCUGCACAUCGCGAACAACAGCUGCGCGACCAUCGGCAACGACAAUACCGCCGCGAAACCGAACGCGAUCACAAACGGUACCAAGGCUGCUGCGACCAUGUCGUCGCCGCCCAAGCAUCGAAGGGGCUUCGACCCCAACGACGUAAACGCCACCGACUAUCGCCGUUAUCGUCGCGUUAAGACGAGACGAGGCUUUGUAUGUUCCACACCGUGACCUUGGGAGCCGGACACAGACCUCCCCGACAUCUCC